AUGUCAUUCAAAGCAUUUCGCACAUGCACAGCGGGCGCUGAUAUGGUCGACUAUCCUACUGUGCUCUUUCAUCGUCAAAUUCUGGACAAAUGUCGUGAAUAUGGGAAUCAAAUAGCUCUGACUGAUGAAAAUGUCAAUCGUAGCUUCUAUGAAGUCGACGAACUGUCGCAUCGUGUUGCAGCUUUCUUAGACACGCUUCACUUCGGUGAAGGCGACACAAUUCUCAUGAUGCUUCCAAAUUCGUCAUGGUACCCCAUAAUUUUCUUGGGUGGCGCUCUGAUUGGUUGUUGUAUAUCCGGGAUUAAUCCGGAAUCCUCCACAGAUGAAAUACGAUACUAUGCGAAGAAAUGUGGUGCCGAUGCAGUGCUAUGCGAAGCGCAGCACGUGUCGAAGUUGAAGGACAUCUUUACUGCUGACAAGAUACUGCUUUUUUCCACGUCAGAUGUUAGCAAGGAAUAUCCACAAUCACCUAUAAUACCACGUGAUUUGCCGGAAUUAAAUGCGAAAACAAUCAAGAAACUGUCCGAGUUCAGCGUACUCUUUGACGAUGUACUGUUGAUGCCGUUUUCUAGCGGUACCGGCGGCUCACCACGAUGUGUGCUUCUGACACAUCGCAAUUUUAGUGCGGCAACCUCAAUGCUGAAAAGGGCUUUGUUCGAUAAACUUUUGCCUGAGACCAGACGGAAAACGAUAGCUGUUCUUCCAUUCUACCAUGUUUCUGGAUUUUGGGCGCUACUUUACUGCCUUUUGGAAGGAUGUCAUACCAUAAUAAUGAAAUCUUUUCAUCCAAUUCCAAUGUUAGAGAUGAUUGAAAAAUAUGAGGUGGAUACAUUGAAUGUGGUCCCUUCUAUUAUUCAAUUCCUUUGUCGCAUCGAUACUGGACGCUUCAACCUCUCUUCACUCAAAAUUGUGCUUUGCGGAUCGAACUCUCUCGGAAAAGAGCUGUGCAAAACGUUUCUGGAUCGAUUCCCUUCAGUUCAUCAUUUGAUUCAGGGUUACGGUAUGACCGAAGCUGUGGUACUUUCUCACAUCAGUCCACUUGGACUACCAGACGAGAAACAUCUGGGCAGUUGUGGGAAGCUGAUACCGGGAUUCGAAGCUAUGUUAAAAGACGAAAGUGGCCGUGUCGUCGAUGGCCCGUACAAACCAGGAGAACUUUACAUCAAAUCUCCCUCGAUUAUGCUUGGAUAUUUGAACUACGAAGGUGAAGAUGUUAUUGUGGAUGGAUGGUACAGAACUGGAGAUAUCUUAUACUACGAUGAGUACGGUUUUUACUAUGUGGUUGGCCGAGUCAAGGACAUCAUUAAAGUGAACGGGGUCCAAGUAGCACCGUCACAGUUGGAGGACAUAAUUCUUACUCAUCCAUCGGUGAAAGAAGUUGGCGUGAUUGGAGUCGAACAUCCAGAAUGUGGUGAAGUCCCGAAAGCUUUCGUUGUGCUACAGGAUGGUGUUGAUGAGGAACUUGCAAAAAUGAGCAUACAAGCUCUUGUCAAAGAAAAAUUGUCGUUUUCAAGGCAGUUACGUGGAGGAGUAGAAGUCUGCAAUGAACUGCCGAAGACAAGUAGCGGUAAAAUAAAGCGUAGCGAAUUACGUAAACGUUACGCUAAACAGAAUCCCUCGAAUUCUUCGGUCUCAUUCCCUUUGAUUGAUUGA